AUGACCUCUACAAAAGACGUGUCGGGCCAGAGUGACAUCGGUAAACUGAGGGCAGAGUCAGACGGCUCCUUCAAAAGAGCUCCAUCAAGCUUCAGGAACUUUAUCAGUAACGAUGGUAAAUUCCAGCCGGAGAAAGGAAGAUACCAUCUCUAUAUAUCUUAUGCAUGCCCUUGGGCUACGAGAACUCUUAUCACUCGGAAACUGAAAGGACUCGAAGAUUUCAUUCCUUUUUCUGCGGUGUCCCCUCAUAUGGGCGCGCAAGGCUGGCCAUUCAAGAAUGCAGAUCCGAGUUGGGAGGAUGCAGAUAACGACCCAGAACAUCCGAAUUUCCAGCAUGUCAAAGAUCUUUACUUACUCGCUGAUUCGAACUAUGGUGGAAGAUUUACAGUCCCGGUGCUGUGGGACAAGAAGCUCAACACUGUUGUCAACAACGAAAGCUCUGAAAUCAUUCGUAUAUUCAAUACCGCCUUUAAUCACUUGCUUCCUGCUGAUAAAGCGGCGAUUGAUAUCUAUCCUGAAGCACACCGCCAGGAGAUCGAUAGUAUCAAUGAGUGGGUGUAUGACACCGUGAACAAUGGCGUGUACAAAUCUGGGUUUGCACAAUCCCAAUCCGCGUACGAGAACGCCGUUUAUGCCCUAUUCAAAUCCCUCGACCGAAUCGAGGAGAUACUCAAAGGAAAGGAUUACCUCGUAGGCAACACCCUCACCGAAGCGGAUAUCAGGUUAUUCGUUACCACCACCCGCUUUGAUCCCGUGUACGUAGGCCACUUCAAAUGCAACCUGCGCGACAUCCGUCACGGGUACCCUAACAUUAACCUUUGGAUGAGGAAGUUGUACUGGAACAACGAUGCCUUCAAGUCGAGCACCAAGUUCGAUCACAUCAAAGAGCAUUACUACUGGUCCCAGAUAAUGGUCAAUCCCUCCAGGGUAGUUGCCGUUGGCCCAGUCCCAGACAUCGAACCUCUGUAA